CCCAUUUUCUUCAAGCUAAGAGCCAAAUAUAUGCUGAGAUUUUGAAGUGAAAAUACUCUCCCAAAGUUUAUUCAAGCACCCACCAUAUUUACUUCAUCUUUAAAACCUUCGAUUCUUCAUAUACUUCGUUAUAUACACAAGGUUUUAAACCCCGAGGCUUCGUACCACCCAACCUAGCCAAAUCUCGCCUAGCUCAUUUUCAUACCACUCUUUUUGUCCUCCCGAAGGGCUCUCCAAAGUUCGUGUGCAAAGCCAAAAUCCGGUCGAACCUCCGACGAAUUUUUCCGGCGAACUUUUUGUAAGUGGUUAUUUUAGCUUCAUUUUACUCGUGUCUUAACCGACCAUUUUUGACAAAGGGCUUUUGAACAAAAAUAUUCUCUUCAUCUUUAAAGCUCUCUUUGUUUACAAAACACACGAGUUAGCCACUCGUUAUAUAUUUGUGCGUGUGUUUUGUCCCGGAACCUAACUCGUAUCCUUUGAGAUUUCCUCACCAAACUUUGGAGGGAUCUUUGCCUUGGCACGGAAAGCCGGAUAUAAGGCCAAAGGUAAUAAGUUAGUUAUUGUUGUGCGUGUUAUCUGUGCUUAACUGAUUCUAUCCCUACGCCCAACAUACCCUUUCUCGUUUGGUGAACGUUUCCAUAUGUGCUGUGCUUCGUGGAAAUACUAACCUUACGAGUUACGUGGUUCCCGAUCCCGUGUGUGUGAGUGUGAUUAUCGACUGCGUAUUAUAUCUAUAAAUCACUCCACACUAAUUAAUAUAACUCUCGUAGCUUGCCCGUACGCGGUUUGCUCAGGUUAUUAAAAUCAAUCCGACUUAAAAUCAACUAUUUAUAUUUUCCGCGCAAUAUAAAUUGUUGGACUGUUGUUGGACACUUGUUGGACUAAUCACUGUUGGACUUGUUAUAAUUGACAAACCUUAUACCUGACCGUGAUUAUUGGACUUACUUAGCGGACUAAAAUCUUAUUAAAACAAGGAUAUAUUUUCGUAGAUAUUGUUUUCAAACUUUUGCAGUGAGGUGAAGUGAAGUGAGGUGAUCUUCGUUCUAAGACCCAAGUCUUUGACGUAUUGACGGGGAGUUGAUAGUCAUCGCACCGUGAAGAAGAGGAAAGACCCAAGACCUAAUACCUAAGAUCCAAGACCGGCAAAAAGUGUAGAAGUACAAAGACUACACAAGGUUCUACAUCGACUUUGAGGAAGUAACGGGGAGUUACGUUCCGAGAUAAGCGUUGUAGGUGUUUUUACAUUUAUAGUGAGGAGGUAACGGGAAGUUACUCUCCAAGAUAUAUAUUUGUAAAGGCUUCUCCGCCUACUUUAAAGGAGUAUCUUUUUAGUAGAGAAAAUCUCGAGUCCGGGGAGGAGCUCGGGGACUGGACUAGGGGUGAGUGGACUCCAUCGGUUGAGUUAGCCACCGCGAACCAGGAUAAAAUCCCUCGUGUGAUGGAUGAUUAAUGUACUUGGAAUACAUUAAAAGUUGUCUUUCACCAGUUUUAGCUCAUAAAGUGGCAGAGUUUGAUAGGUAUGAGCGGUCAGGCAAAUUCUCAGGUUCGAAAGGUUAGAUGUCCCAAAUGCAUGCUCGUUCUUCGUGAACUGCCUGAAGUUCCUAUCUAUAGGUGUGGAGGAUGUAGUGCUAUACUGCAAGCUAAAAAGCGGGGAAAGGACCUCCAAUGCACAGGAUCACAGGCACACGAAGCAGAUGCUAAGCAUACGAAUGAAGUUGAGAUCACUUCUGACAAUCCUGUUAUGGAAGAAUCGGUUAUAGACAAAUUUCCUAAGAGGGUUGAUAGUAUAACAGAUGACAGGAUACAGUUGCUCGGUGAGAUUAAUAAGUCUAAUCAGCUCUGUGGUUCAGAUCCAAUUCAAGAGAAUGAAGGCUCAUCAACAGAAGCCAGAGUACGUGUUGAGGCAGAGGAAGGUAAAUUGCCUUCUUACCAAUAUGGCGCAGCAGAUCAAGAUAAGGAUUCUGACAAUAGUGGCUCAAAAGAAAUGUUGUCGUUCUCUGAGCUAAAUCAGCACGACAGCAAUUCAUUGGUAUCACAAGUACACAAUCAUGAUAGUGAAUCAUCUGUAUCAUCACCAAAAGUAGAGACUCAAAGUCGGCACUCAUCAUCAGAGUAUAACUGCGGAGAAAAUGAAGUGUCUGAAAACGACUUAGAGAAUGCUACUGGAAAAUCUACAGCAGGAAUAGAGACUGAAAAUCCAGGCUCAUCAGAAGAUAACUGUGAUGGAGGUAAAAAAGUAUUUGAGAAUGAACUACAAACUACUUCUGAAAAUCCUUCCACUAAUAACGAAGAAUUAGAAGAAGUCCAUGCUGAAGGUGAAGGUGGUGCAGACGGCAGGAAUCCCGGUUCAUGUUGUGAGAUUGCAGACUUGGCACCAGAAAGCAUAGCACCUAAAGAAGCAGAUACAUGUGAAACUUCUUUUGACCAAUCUGGCACAGAAGUCCACUUUAAAUCUGAAUAUGAUGAUGAGAAGUCAGGAGAAGUAAGCCUGUCAAACAAAGUCUUGUCUUCACCUAAGCUUAAUCAUCUUGAGAAUGAUCUAAGUGUGCCUGGAUAUCAUAUGUAUGAGAGUGGAAUAUCAGUGUUGUUGUCACCUAAGGAAGUGAUUGGAAGUGGAUACUCAUCACCAACUAAUAGCAAUGAAGGUGAGAAUGUUCAUCCUUCAAAAGUAGAGCAAGUGGAUGAGAAUAGCGAGAGUCUUUUAAUCAUAACAAGCGCAGAUGCAGAAACUUUUCUGGAAACUGUGACCAGUGAUCAAAUCAUCAAUUCUGACAAUUUCUUGAGUGAAGGCAUUCCAUUAGAUAAUUUCAUGUCUCCUCAUCGAGACAUGCAGCAAGUUGAGGGUGGUAUGAUCCCUGUUUUUCGGCAUGUAAGCUCAGAUGAUACUUUGGGAAACACAUCCCAUUACUAUGCUAACGGUGACUUGGGUGUUACACUCAGAUCUUUGACAGCCAGAAAGUACUAUGCAUCUAGUAAUGACACUGAAGAUCAAAUGUCAGAUAGACGCUUCCAACUAUUGAAGGGAAGUUCAGAGGAUAGAGGUCCCCGUACGAAGAUAUUGCCGGAAAGGAGUGAAUAUCUAACGAGUCAUGUGACUAGUAAGGAGUCAGAACUUCAUCAAUUUAUCAAUUCCAGAUCAUCUUUACAAAGAAAGAAAUAUUCUACCAGAGGAGUGAGUAGGUGGCAUCAAGAUGAGCUUCUCGAAAGUGCAAGAUACAGCUCUCCGGUAAGAAAUAGGAUAAGCAAUGAGACAGAUGACUACCAUUCUAGACUAUUGUUCAACAAAUAUAGCUCUCAAGUUCACCAAGGAAACAGCAGCUCUUCAGAUUUUGUGCAAGAAGAUUUUUCUACUCUGCCUGAUAACCGCCAUGACCUACACAGACUGGAACUACUGAGGAUGGUCUAUGAACUGCAAGAUCAACUCAAGAGAACUCAAUUAUCUGAAGGGAUGCCACAUGGAAGAUUUUUAACCAGACCUUUCAAGGGAAAAGAGCAUCACUUUGCUGAAAAUAGGAAAGACUAUAGUGAUCAUGCUUAUCACAACAAUCACGGAAGGUACAGACAAGAUAUGACUUGGCUAAAAAAUAGAGAAAUCUCACCAAUGGUUUUGCCUGAGGACUCGAUACACUACAAGCACCGAGUUGAUUGCUUGUGUUUGUGCUGUCGCGGCCAAGAGCAGUAUCCCUCAGCAGAGCAACAUCCACAUGCCAUCUGCUACCGUGAAGAACAGUCUAUGACCAAUGCCAGAAAGACUAGCAGAACAUACCGUUGUGCUUCUUCAAGCCAUCACCGUUAUGCAGCAUCUGACUUUUCUUUAAGGAGCCAGGAUAUGAAGCCAGAUGAUCGACAGCCCAAAAAGCACAAGGAGGCACAGAUUCAUCACAUAGCGAAGCGGCAUUUCCAACCAAUUGCAGGUGGAGCUCCUAUUGUUGCUUGUUAUCAUUGCUCUGAAACGCUGCAGCUACCUGCAGAGUUCCUUGUAUUUAAAAGGAGAUGCCACCAGUUAAUCUGCGGUGCUUGUUCAAAGGUGCUGAAAUUCUCUCUGGAAAACAAAAUUCAUGUCGUUCAGUAUGAUCUCAUUUCUAGAACUCCUCUACCAAGUGUGAGUGCAUCUAGGAGAGAUGACUAUACACUCGCUGAACCAGGGGCCAAUUCUGCUCAUUCCGAAUCAUUCAGUAGAAGUCAGUCUACAGGAGAUAAUUUCUCUGACACUCCCAGUAAAUUUUCAUCCGCGAGCUCUUUUAAGACCCCAAAAGAGGGUUCUAAAUCUGGAAGUACGAGACAGUCUGUAUAUAAGAACAGAAGUGCUGUGGAAAGCUUCAGAUCCGCACGAUCCUCAUCUCUUAUGCUCGACUCUGAGCACUCGGGUUCUGAAAGCGAGGUAGAGUCGCCACUUCCUGGCUCUGCACUACAUAAGCUUAUGGGGUAUUCUUCCAUACGUCGCCUUGUAUUCCAGUGACCAGCUCAGAAACAGAAAUUAAGGAAUCUGAGGCGCUAUGAUUUUUUGGAUGCAGAAUCUUGUAUAUAAUAAACGCUGCAUUAUAGAAGGCCAGCCUUGUUUACUCUAAAUAAGAAGAAUUGCAAACAAAUUGGUAUCUGAUACUUAUGUGCUCUGUUCCUUUGCUUUUCUUAUACUUCUUUUUCCUGGUACAGUGUAAAUUCUUUCUAUAGGGUGUGAUUAUAUCCCAGUCACAGAACCAUUGUUAUUGUAUGUAGAGAAAAGAUAGAUUGAACA